AUGAUCUCCAACACCCCAACUCCAACCCUCCUCCUAACCUCCCUCCCUCCCAAAACUCUCAUCGGCAUCGACCUCCUCUCCUUCAACUCCACCCCAAACUUCCACGGCAUAAACAAUCUCCCACCUGGACCUCACUUCUUCUACACUGGUACAACAGAGAGCUUUUCUCUCCGUAGCGGGGAGUGGUUCUUCAUUCAAGAUCGUCAUGGCGCCAGUGGCGGAAAUAUUAACGGUGCAACGGCAGAUAUAGAUAUCCGCCUCCGCAAAUGGGAUGCGGAAACUGAAGCUCUCGUAACUAUUGAUGAGGGGUGUGAAGAGGGCAGAGCGGAGGCGAUGCGAUUACGUGCAAAUCUGGGGCGGAUAUGGCGGAGCGGGGGGUUGUUGGCAUAUGAUCGAGCUCGGGGGGUGGGGUCGCAGAGACACCCACGCCAACAACCGCAGGGGCAUAGUAUUGAAAGUGAUGUGGACUUAACCCUACAUCAACCGCAAAUACGGCAAGAUGCGCCAGAGGAAUUGACAACCGACUGGCGACAGCUCACAGACUACAUAUCGCCUUCUGUUCUCUCGCGCAUUUUGGGUCCUGCUGCAUCAACCAAUGCCCAUGUUCCCAGCAGCAACAAUUCCACAACGAACACACACCUCCCCCGCUGGACCGUGUCGUCAGGCAGCUCCGCAGCCCGUGAUCGAGAUAAUAUCCCAGGCCUCACUGCUGCGGAGAUAGCCAGUGUGUACGCGACUGCAAGUAUGAGUGGGGCAGCUAGCGAGCAAGAAAGGGAAUUUAGAUUUUUACCUGUGGAUUUGAAGCGGACAUGGCGGGUUGGUGCGGUUGGGAGGGAACGGACGGAGGCGGCACAGGAUCGCUCGUGGGCGUUGGGGGAUUUGGUGUGGAGGUUUGGAGAUGUGAAUGGAUCCGUAGAUGAUGCAACUACAACUACAGCUACCUCUGUGCCAGCAAUGAAGGCUUCAACACCUGCAAUUAUUGGCGAGAGGGGGAGGCAAGAGCAAGGCGAAGCUCAGAUCUUAGGAGAGCUACAAUUUACGUUUCUAAUGGUUCUUACAUUGAUGAAUUUCUCGUGUCUGGAACAGUGGAAACGGCUGCUCGGAUUGCUCUUGACCUGUCGCACUGCAGUGCGGGAACGGGAAGCAUUCUUCGUGCGCGUGCUGCGCCUAUUACGGUGCCAGCUGAGACAUUUCGAUGAUGUUGAAGGGGGACUGUUUGAGAUGGACGGUGAUGACGGUGGAGCGUUGUUGAGGAAGUUGCUUAUGAGAUUUUCGAAGACGGUGCAGGAUAUUGAAGAAGAGCAAGGUGGUGGAGCUGUUGGUAUGGUUAGGAGGGAGCUGGAUUUGUUGGAGGAUUGGGUUAAGAGGGAGUAUGAUUGGGAAAUCAGACAAGGGCGGACGGUUAGGGAGGGGAUGAUGCAGUUGGAGGAUGGAGAGAAUGUGGAGUUGGAAGUUAAGGGGACGGAGGAGGACGAGGAGAUUGGAGAGUAUGCCCCUGUUAUCAUUGACAUUGGAGAAGGUACCAGCCUGGGAAAGGUGUUGGAAGAGGCAGCGGACGAAGACGAAGACGGCGAUUUUGUGCCAGAUGCAGAUAUGCCUGAGGUCAAUUUGCAGUAG